GUUCAGCACCAGUCAGAUCUUUCGUCAAGCUAAAAAUUAUCAUCAUGUUCUAUAUCGGCAAGGAAAGAGGAAUCAUUGUGAAUAGGCCCCACCAUUGACAGUUUGGCCUAUCUCCAAGAUUUUUCAAUUCACAAUGUGGGCUGCUGUAAUACACAGUGGGUGCAAGAAAUUUUUUAGUGGUGCGUUUCAACUUUGUGUUCAACGACAUGUAUCCUUCGAAUGAUCACGGAAUAAAUCUAAGUCCACCAAAUAUCGAAAGUCAAACUAUGAAUUUUCUGGCCAUGGAACAGAAUCAUCAUAGGUUGGCCGUGGAUAACGACAGACAGAGUUCCUUACCUACAUCGAGAAGGCCGUCUGCUAUACUUGCCGCUCUCAGAAGACCCUCACAAGCAUUCGCUUUAUCAGCUGUACAGGCAUUCAUGAGCCAGAGGAGAAAUAUGGCGGGAUUACUCAACAAUCAUGGAAAUCAUCCAAGCACCAAUGAUUAUGAAAAAGAGGAUAUAAUACUCAAUAAAGAACAAGGAAACGAUGCCGUGACAACGAUCCUAUCAGCUUUCUACGCUAAGCUACUUGUCGUAUUGGGGAUGGCUUUUCCAAUCACCGAAAUAUUAUCGAAAGAAGUCACCACAUCCUUCUACCAAGGGUUUUACCUGUAUCUCUACGUAGGAAGCAUAAGUUUUCUGAUUGUUAUCUACACAACGGUGGCUAAGGAGAAGGCUGUCAACUCUUUGUUGAAUUCUUUUCAAAACAACGCUAAUAUGGAAAGUAACUCAGUGAGGAUCAGUUCCAAUCAAUCGAAAAGGUAUGGAAGUUUUUAUCUCCGCUUAGGUGCCAUUGCUUUCGGCAUCGGAAGCAUGGUAUACUCUGGACUCGAGUUUGUGAGAUACUUCGAAGCAAAACACUAUGCCAAAUGCGAUACGAACGUUUUACAUGCCAUCACUCCAGCCGCAAGAACCCUUUUAACUCUCUUGCAAAUGCAGUUCAUUUUUCUCAGCAGUAAGGACUUAGAGUUGCGAAAAAUAAAAAAUGUGGCGAGAUUUGGACUAAUGCACAUGAUUGCCACUGACCUCUGCGAAUGGUUGUACGUGUUGGUUGAAGAGACCAAGCAUGAGAUGAUCCAUUUAGCAGAGCAAUAUAACGACACCGAGACUUUGAUACAUGAGAAAUUCUGCCAGGAGGAAUUAGUCACAGGAUCUCUUGUUAUGAAUUCCAGCCCAUUUCUCUUUCCAUGCACAAUUGAGUAUAGUCUGAUAUGCGCCGUUAUUCUCUUCGAGAUGUGGAAGAAAAUGAGGACCUUCACGCCGAGAAAAUCAGUUAGGACAUCCGAAAAGAAGAGUAACACACAGAAGGAGCAGAAUACUUAUUUGUUCAAUAAUCUUGGAGGAAGUCCUGUGAACUCUGAAAACCAUAUUACAGUAGACUGCAGCAGCGCUCAUAAAGGUCUUUUCGCUGGUAUCAUGGUCAUAGUUUUCACCAUUAUAUCACUAAUAAUGUUUUUUGUCCUCACUCAAGACCACACUAACUCGAUGGAAGCAAAAAGAAGGCACAUUCUUGCUCAGGUUGAGGUAAACUCUGUGGAACUAGUUCUAUACGUGAUUACGAUAUUAGCAACCAUAGUUGCAAUGGUUCGUAUGAGAGCAAUGAAGUACGAGAGAAAACUGAAGGCUGAAGGACAAGCUGGAAUCGGACUUGACAACACACUCCUCGUUGUUGCACAAACAGGCGUGUUCAUAUACAGUAUGUUCUCCAUAAUAGGAAACUGCUUCACCUCCAAAGGUUCCAUAACAAUCAGCCUCUUAGCCGAAAUAUUUUCGUUUCUUCAAACCAGUCUUCAGACGAUUUUCGUCCUAGAUUCAUGGUGGAGAAGGUGUAGCGAUACUGAACAAAGCUUGGAAAAACCCGGCAGAGAACUGAUAACCUUCCUUAUUAUUUCUAAUAUGGCGUUGUGGACAAUCAACAGUUUGGAGAAGAAUAAAGCAGAAUUCAAUCCAGAUCAGAUUGCAUUUUUCGGUGACUGGGCUUGGACUAUUAUAACCCAUAUAUCCAUGCCCUUAGCCAUAUUUUAUAGGUUCCAUUCAACUAUCUGUCUUUUCGAAAUUUGGAAGAAUGCUUAUAAAUUAAAAUCGAAUAUAAAUGCACCUGUGAUAACUAUAAACUGAAUAGGGAUUCUACGAAUUAUUGAUAGUACUUUUAUAAUAAUAAAGUCAGUGCAUUUACUUCUAACGGUGUAUUCCGUGAAAGUUCAAAUAAUUUUUUCCCAAUAAAACAACAACUUCAUGUUGAAAUCUCAGUAGUUUAGCUUUACCAACAUACGAUAUUUUGUGUUAUUGAACUACUGAAUUUCUCGAAUAAAAAUCUUUGGGAAACAGAACAGUGCUUCCAGAAAAAGAUAGGAAUAGAAGAUUGAAAUACGAUUUUAGGAAUUGGAAUUCAUUAAGAAAAAAAAAACAACACAAAGAUAAAGAAUUUUAUGAAAUAAAACUCAUUAUCAAUGAAGAUAGUGAUUGUCAAGUGAAGUGAAAUAAGUGU